CUCCCCACCCCCAGGCCGUAUGAGGUGGAUUUAGGAAGAAAGGAAUCCAAACCUGGUACGCGAAGAUAACGAGAGACACCAAUAAAGAGAUCCGCGUUUGGAGAUCCGCGCGCGGCGGUGUCGCGCAUGGAUUAUCACAUUGUAUUUUAUUUUUCUUUCUCUUGAGGAGGUUUGGGUUUGGAGCGACUAGAUAUCGGCGGAGAAGGGAAUACAAGCGCACGGAGAAUAAAAAAGGGGUGUCCUAAAGUCGCUCCUUGCUCGUUAACAAGUGACUCCAUGCUGCUCGAGAAAGUGGAAUAUAGCGGUUUUUGUUUGGGUUUUUUUUUUCUCCUUCUCCUGUCCAGGAUGCAACAUAACCGCUUUCUGCCCUUCUCUCUUUCUCUUGGAAUUGAAGCGCUCAGCUAAAGAGAAUAAGGGUUGAAAAACUGCCCCCCCUCCAAACACCUACCAGGGGGGAGUCGUACAAACACUUUUCUCAUGCGGCGUUUAACAGUGUCAAGCCAACCUGUGUGAAGACCGCCGCCCCGCCCUGUGCAGUUGGGGCCCCGGCUCUCCGGCCAGGUCAUCGAUCGGCCCCGCCCUGCUGCCCCUCCCUUCUCCCCUCUCCUGCUGCCUGCCAGAAUGGCCACCAGCGGUGCCCCGCGCCUCUCCCUGCCACUCCUGCUGCCUGUGACCACUCUGCUGCUAUCACUGCUGCUCGCCUGUUCCCAUGCCUUAUCACCACCGCGGUUCACUAAAGUUCCUGUCGACCAGAUUGGUGUCUCAGGGGGCGUCGUCUCAUUUGUCUGCCAGGCGACGGGCGACCCCAAACCGAGGGUUAGUUGGAACAAGAAAGGGAAAAAGGUGAAUUCGCAGAGAAUAGAGACCAUUGAGUUUGAUGAGGGUGCCGGCGCCGUGCUCAGAAUCCAGCCUCUCCGAGCCCCGCGCGAUGAGAACAUCUACGAAUGUGUAGCAGAGAACAGCGAGGGCGAGAUCACCGUCAACGCCAAGCUGUCCAUCAUCCGAGAGGAUCUGGUACCACCAGGAUUCCCAACCAUUGACAUGGGCCCUCAGCUCAAAGUGGUGGAGCGCACCCGGACAGCCACCAUGCUCUGUGCCGCCAGCGGUAAUCCCGACCCAGAAAUCACCUGGUACAAGGACUUCCUGCCCAUAGACCCCAGUGCAAGUAAUGGACGAAUCAAACAGUUACGAUCAGGUGCCUUGCAGAUCGAGAACAGCGAGGAAACGGACCAGGGGAAGUACGAGUGCGUGGCGUCUAAUGUGGAAGGCGUGCGCUACUCGUCCCCUGCUAACCUUUACGUGCGAGUCCGACGGGUGCCUCCUCGCUUCUCCAUUCCCCCAAAUAGUCAAGAAAUAAUGCCAGGUGGCAGUGUGAACAUAACGUGUGUGGCGGUGGGGUCGCCCAUGCCUUAUGUCAAGUGGAUGUUGAACUCUGAGGAUUUGACGCCCGAGGAUGAGAUGCCGGUGGGCAGAAAUGUUCUUGAACUGAGCAGCGUCCGUGAAUCAGCAAACUACACCUGCGUGGCCAUGAGCAGCCUGGGCAUCAUUGAAGCUGUGGCGCAGAUCACCGUCAAAUCUCUCCCCAAGCCUCCAGGCACUCCUGUUGUUACUGAAACCACUGCCACCAGUGUUACCAUUACCUGGGACUCAGGAAACCCAGACCCCGUGACAUACUACAUCAUACAGUAUAAGUCUCCAGACGGCAAGUACGAGACGGUGGAUGACAUCACCACUACACGUUACAGCAUCGGUGGCCUCUACCCCAACACAGAGUAUGAAAUCCGCGUCUCGGCUGUCAAUACAAUCGGCCAGGGUCCUCCCAGUGAGCCAGUUGAAACUCGGACAGGCGAGCAAGCUCCCGCCAGUCCACCGAGAAACAUAAAGGCCCAGAUCCUUCCUCAAAACACCAUGAUGGUGCAGUGGGAAGAGCCAGAGGAGCCAAAUGGACAGAUCAAGGGCUACCGAGUUUACUACACCAUGGACAACUCCCGGCCCAUGAGCCUCUGGCAGAUCCAUAAUGUGCAGGACAGCAUCAUCACCACCAUCCAGAGCCUAGUUCCUCAAGAGACGUACACAAUCAAAGUCCUCGCAUUCACCUCGGUGGGGGACGGACCUUUCUCAGACCCUAUUCAUGUCAAAGUAGUCCAAGGAGUUCCAGGCCAGCCCUCCAAAUUCCAGGUGGGUGCAGUGUCCGACACCAGCAUCGAACUCACCUGGGAACCUGCCUAUGAGAAAGAGGGAAUCAUAAAUUACGAACUUCGUUACAAGGAAGGCAGUUUUGGUAGUCAGAUGACGAAAACAUUUGGACCCACAAGAUCAUAUGUUGUGGAAGGUCUCCACCCCAACAGAGAGUACCGCUUCUCCCUGGCAGCCAUCUCAAACAAAGGCAUCGGAGCCUUCACAAAUGAAAUUUCACAGAAGACCUUGCAAGCCAAGCCCUCUGCUCCCCCUCAAGAAAUUAAGUGCAGCAGCACCAGCUCCACCAGCCUGUUGGUAAGUUGGCGCGCCCCGCCUCAGAGGAGUCAGAAUGGUGACCUGUCGGGGUAUUGGGUGCGCUACCAGGUGGUGGGCCCGUCAGAAGGGGCUGGUGACAGCACAGAGCCCAUGGAGGAGCCAAUGGUGCCUCCAAGUGAAGAGCAGGUGUUGCUGCAGCGGCUGGAGAAGUGGACCCAAUACCACAUCACUGUGUCAGCCUCCACUUUGGUCGGGAGAGGCCCUGAAAGCGAGCCCCUGAUGUGUCGGACAGAUGAGGAUGUUCCCGGGGCUCCACCAAGGCGGGUUGAGGUGGAGGUCCUCAACUCCACAGCGCUCAAGGUGAUGUGGCGUUCAUUAACGCCAGGCAAGCAGAACGGUCAGAUCCGUGGCUACCAGGUUCACUAUGUCCGUGUAGAGAAUGGUGAAUCACGGGGCCUACCCCUCAUCAAGGAUGUCAUGCUUGCCGACGCCCAGUGGGAAACGGACGAUACAGCUGAAUAUGAAAUGGUCAUCGGAGGCCUCAAGCCAGACACGACUUACUCCAUCACGGUGGCAGCAUACACCACCAAGGGGGAUGGAGCCCGGAGCAAACCCAAACUGGUGGUGACCAAAGGGGCAGUGCCUGGUGCACCCUACCUGUCGGUGGUUCAAGACUCAAAGACCUCCGCUAUUGUUCACUGGGAUCCUCCAGACCUGACUAAUGGCAUGGAUCUCCAGGGAUACCGGCUCCAGUUUGGUCGAAAGGAUGUUUCCCCAUUGGCCACGCUGGAAUUUGCUCCUCAAGAGCGGCAGUACUCUCUGGGCAACAUUCACCGAGGGGCCACUUAUCUCUUUAAGCUCUCCGCCAACAGCAGAGGCGGCUUCGGAGAAGAGGCUGUGGCCGAACUCGACGUGCCUGAAAAUACACCGGGGGGCUACCCGCAAAUGAACGAAGGCUCCAACGUGACGUGUUGCUCGGUCCAGCUGUCUUGGUCUCCGCCGGUGCUGGCAGAGAGGAACGGGGUCAUCACGGAGUACACUUUGGCCUAUAAAGAAGCCGGCACUGGAGAAGCGCCACGGGAACUCCGCUUGCCUCCCACUCUGUUCAGCUACGUGCUCAACAGCCUCAAACCGAACUCUGCAUAUGAUGUGAAAAUACGCGCACACACCAGUGUAGGUCCAGGGCCCUACUGCCCGCCUAUCCAGUAUCGGACGGUGGCCAUUGAUCCAGCAGAUGUCCCCAAAAAUUUCACUCUGAAGUGGGCCACCGAAUCGACAGUUGUCCUCGCUUGGAAGUUUUCUGAAGGCAGAUCUCCAUACAAAUGCACGAUUGAGUACCUUCGUCAGAAGAUGGAUGUGGACGCCAGGCAGAUGAGGGCGUUCAUCACAGGGCUGAGGCACAACACCACUUAUGACUUCAAGGUUACUUGUCAAGAAAGCAUCCACGGUGGGCCGCGGCAUCGUGUGGUGGCCAGAACUGCGCCACUGCUCUUGGUCAAGAAACCCAAACUUGACCUGUACGGUGAUGCGGAGAACAGGUUCACGAUGUCCUUCCCACCAGUCAACAGCAAGGAUGUCAAGCACUUCUAUGUGGUUGUGGUUCCUCUCAAGACGACGUCAGGAGAAGUUAAAAACCUGAAGAGCCCCGAUGAGACUGAUAUGGACGAGCUGUUGCGAGAGGUGAUCCCAAAGCGUCGCUCACGCCGUCAGCUGGCUCAGCUGGACCAGAUGAAGCCCUACAUCACAGCGUGCUUCAGGCAGCUGCCCCCCAUCUUCACAGUGGGAUCGGACCCCCACCACAGCAGCUGCGUGACCAAGAACCUUGAACCCAGUCAGCAGUACGUCUUCUUCCUGCUCGCUGAACUCAAUGCCACUGCGGGGAAAAUGUUUGCAACCAGCCCCUACACAGACACGCUGACGACCCCCGGGCCGGAGUUGGCCCCUCUCCCAGUGGAGACUGGUGAUGGACUUAUAUGGGUGGUGGGCCCAGUCCUGGCCGUGGUCUUCAUCAUCUGCAUCGUCAUUGCUAUUCUCUUAUAUAAAAACCGCAAGAGGAAAGAAUCGGAACCGCGUGCGAAAUGUCUGCUAAAUAAUGCAGACAUUACACCCCACCACCCCACAGACCCCGUGGAGAUGAGACGCAUAAAUUUCCAAACUCCAGAUUCUGGACUAAGCAGUCCUCAGAGUGAAGCAGAUUUUGACUAUGAAAGAAUGAUGAAUCAUCCUCCGAUCCCAAUCUCCGAGCUGGCUGAACACACAGAAGUUCUCAAGGCCAACGACAACCUGAAGCUUUCCCAGGAAUAUGAGUCUAUUGAUCCAGGCCAGCAGUUCACCUGGGAGCACUCCAACCUGGAGGUGAACAAGCCCAAAAAUCGUUACGCCAACGUCAUUGCCUACGACCACUCCCGUGUCAUCCUGGCCCCCAUCGAAGGCAUAACGGGGAGCGACUACAUCAAUGCAAACUACAUCGAUGGCUACAGGAAGCAAAACGCCUACAUCGCCACCCAGGGCCCAUUACCCGAGACGUUUGGGGACUUUUGGAGGAUGGUGUGGGAGCAGAGAGCAGCCACUGUGGUCAUGAUGACCAGGCUGGAAGAGAAGUCACGGAUUAAGUGUGACCAGUACUGGCCCAGUCGUGGCACAGAAACCUACGGCAUGACCCAGGUGACCCUGCUGGACACCAUAGAACUGGCCACCUUCUGCGUCCGCACUUUCUCCUUGCACAAGAACGGCUCGAGUGAGAAGCGGGAGGUCCGUCAGUUCCAGUUCACAGCGUGGCCCGACCACGGUGUGCCGGAGUACCCGACGCCCUUCCUGGCCUUCCUGCGCAGGGUGAAGACCUGCAACCCACCUGAUGCCGGACCCAUUAUUGCUCACUGCAGUGCUGGUGUUGGCCGGACAGGUUGCUUUAUAGUCAUCGAUGCGAUGCUGGAGCGCAUCAAGCAUGAGAAAACGGUGGACAUCUAUGGCCAUGUGACACUGAUGCGCGCGCAGAGGAACUACAUGGUGCAGACGGAAGACCAGUACAGCUUCAUCCACGAUGCGCUGCUCGAGGCGGUCGCAUGUGGGAACACGGAGGUGGCCGCCCGGAGCCUGUACUCCUACAUCCAGAAGCUGGCCCAGGUGGAGAGCGGCGAGCACGUCACCGGCAUGGAGCUAGAAUUCAAGCGUUUAGCCAAUUCCAAAGCCCACACGUCGCGCUUCAUCAGUGCCAACCUUCCCUGCAACAAAUUCAAGAACCGGCUAGUGAACAUCAUGCCCUACGAGACCACGCGUGUCUGCCUGCAGCCAAUCAGAGGCUUGGAAGGAUCCGACUACAUCAACUCCAGCUUUAUUGAUGGAUACAGGCAGCAGAAAGCCUACAUUGCCACACAGGGCCCUCUGGCAGAAACUACAGAAGACUUCUGGAGAAUGCUCUGGGAGAAUAACUCCACUAUCGUCGUCAUGUUGACCAAACUAAGAGAGAUGGGACGGGAAAAGUGUCACCAGUACUGGCCAGCAGAGCGCUCCGCCAGGUAUCAGUACUUUGUGGUGGAUCCCAUGGCAGAGUACAACAUGCCUCAGUACAUCCUCCGAGAAUUCAAGGUCACAGAUGCCAGGGAUGGCCAGUCCAGGACAGUAAGGCAGUUCCAAUUCACCGACUGGCCUGAGCAAGGUGUGCCCAAAUCCGGGGAGGGAUUCAUAGACUUCAUCGGCCAGGUGCAUAAAACCAAGGAGCAGUUUGGACAAGAUGGACCUAUUUCUGUCCACUGCAGUGCUGGAGUGGGAAGGACCGGAGUCUUCAUCACCCUCAGCAUCGUCCUGGAGAGAAUGCGUUACGAAGGUGUGGUUGAUAUCUUCCAAACAGUGAAGAUGCUCCGGACACAGAGACCUGCUAUGGUCCAGACUGAGGAUGAGUACCAAUUCUGCUAUCACGCAGCUCUGGAGUACUUAGGAAGCUUUGAUCACUAUGCAACGUAAAAAGCCAUCUCUUCCCCCAGAAUCCUGUUGCCCCCACCUCUACAGUUUCCUGAGCCAUAGAAACUUAAAUUUGAAACGACGACAGCAGAUGACAAUUUCACCACCUCUAAUUCAGACGUACCAAACAGGAUCCUGUAGAUUUGUAGAAAAACAAAAAAAGAAAAAGAAAACAUUAUCCCAAACCAACCUGUUUAGGGUAAUUCCGAUUAAAUCACGAGGAACAGGAGAAAAUUGCCCAUAAUUUAAGAAGAUCGUCAGUGGGGGGGGAGAAUCUGAAGCUGUGGCUCAAGCUGUGGGGCGGGUAUCGAUCAAAGUGUCAGACUGCUUAUUUUACCUCAAGUGUUUCAAUGUGGAGGACAUUGUAAACAUUCGUGGACGUUUCUCUUCUGAAAAAUAUCUCUGUGAUACAGCAGUAACAAGCAACAGAAAAAGGAGAUAAAGGACCGUGAAAGCAAAAAUCAAGAAGAAGCAGAUGGAUGUAGCCAAGACUGGGAGACUUUCUUGUUAUGGGUGUGAAAGGGGUUCAGAUAUUUUUAUCCAAGGUUUUUGUGUUAUCCACCAACGUGGCCAAAUCGCUGCCUCUGUAAACACAACUGGCUUUCAAACAAGAUCACUGAGACGAGUCACUGAGACAGCAAAGAGCAAGAUUACUAUGAUUUGGAAUUAAAUAAGCCUUCAGUUUUUCUACUGUUCCCGUAAUAUUAUGCAUAGGUUGCGUGGAAAAAUUACUCCAAAUCACUGAACUGCCUGUUUUUAAGCGCUCGGAGCUUAGAGGAGGAGCCGUCUGUGGUCGACAUGAAGAAGCAUCAACCCAUAUUGUAAAUCUCAUAGUUUAAUGAAUUGCGGACAUGUGUAAAAGCCGUAUCUUAAACCAGGUAACCGAGGCGAUGUUGAGAAGUACCGCAGUAUAUUUAGAGCAAAGGUGCCCCUGGACAGUUCCAUGUCUCAUUCACAGGAUAACCGGUGGAAAACCUCGUCUGGUGCGGGAAUUUUCCUCUUGGUCUCAUUUUUGAUUGGCCGGGAAAGGAGAAAUGUCAACAUGUCCCAUGAUUUUUUUUUUUCUUUUACAAUCACCCCUGUAUUUGGAAGUGUGAAAUCUAGGGAAUGUGGCGUUGACAUCCACCAUCGAUCCAGUGGGGAAGACGGUUUUGGAACAACCAAACAGAGAUGGCCGUGAAGUCGGGCCUUCUCUGUGUACAGUGACCAAUGCUCAUCAUCGUUGUUUGGAAAUUUCCUGUCUUUUGAAGAACUAUCUUUUUCUUUAUCCUUUUUUUUUUUCUUGGAUUUAUUUUUUAUUUUUUUUGUCAAAAACCAAACAUGCUGCUUAACCCGUGUAUGCUGUACAUGUGACUCUUGAAGGGGAGGAAACUGAUGAACAAAAGAUGCCAGCUCUGCUCGCUCCUCGUGCCCCGGACAGGCACGUCUGAAAGUGCAUCCACACAAUUUCAUCAUCCACACUUCCUUCUUCUUUUUUUUUUCUAACAUCCUCUGAAAUCAUCUAUAUCAUUUUACAGGAGACUUCAGAGUGGCAAAGACCUGUUGCAAUUCCAACGCUGUAAUUAAUGUGGUUGACUAAUCGAUCCUAUGUUCCACUGUGUGUGUUUGGUAAAUGGUGGAUAAACAAAAACGAUGCUUUGGUUUUAUGCCCCACAUUUUAUAUUUGAUGUUUUUGUGGGUGACGCAACUAGACCGAGCAGCCAUUUUGGAUCUCGAUGCCAUAAUGUGUUGACAAAAAUCUUUCGGUAACGAGUUACACAUCCCUGAGAUAAAACAGAAUAAGCUUGAAACAAAUACCCCUGAAACAACUGCAGCGUGAUGCACUUAUGCAUACGACUCUGAUUUAAGGGAAGGCAAAAAAAGAAACAGAAAAAAAGCUUUUGAAAUCUGCGGGUCUUAUUUCGAGAAACAGCGCUUUUGCGUAAGCGUGGGUACGGACUUUUCAAAGGUGUCUGGUGGGUGUGCACUAAAACCAGAGGGAUGGAUAGAACUGUGUGUAAUCUUUUCUUAUUUCCAAAAAAGCCUUACUGUUAUUGUAACAUUAUGAAAGCAUUAAUGUUGUAUUAUUAUGACUUCUUUUACAUUAUGUAUGUCUACUUUUUGUUUCCUUUUUGGUUUAGUUUUUUUUUAACAGAGCUGUUGUAUCACUUUUUUUUAAUUAGCAGGAAAAGAGAAAUGCUUAUCUGUUCAUAUUAUGUUAAAAGACAUUCUAUUUUUUCACUGUAGAAAUGUUAAGUAUAACAUGUCUGUCUGUGUGAACAUGUGUGUUUGUGUGUGUAUGUGUGUGUAUACAUACACACACACGCAAACACAUUAGACACUCGCACAUACAUAUAUAUUUAAAUGCAGAUUAUGAAGAUAUAUCCAAACACUUACCAUGAAUUUGAUUUUACUCCUCAUCUUUUUUAAUACCUGCGGGUUCUUACAUUUGAAAAUGUGAUUAUUAUUAUUUCCUUUUUAUAAAUAACAUUUAAAUGUUAUUCAAAAAAAAAAUAGAGUAUGUCUCUUAAGGAAAACAGGUGGUGCCAGCGUGAACCGGAGUCUUUUUUUUUACCCUCUGAUCAUUGGGUAAAGCCUGUAUCAAUGGGGAGAUGCCAUUUUAAAAACCUUGGGUUUUUUUUGUUUAUUAACUUUUUUAGCCUUGAUAUUACUUUUUUUUUUGUUAAUCCUCAAGUAUCAAUCAAAAAUUUCUGAACUGACCAUUUUUAUCUAUAUCUGAUCAACUUGACGUACUGUACCUUGUAUGAAUUUGUACAGACUCUGACCCUCGCAAUGAAGACAAUUCUCUCAAAGUCCUUUUUUUUUUGUUUUUUUUUUACUUAUAUUUUUAGGUACAAUGUGGCCAUUCAUUUUAUUAGAUAUCCAUUAUUAUCUAGAGUAUACCUGUAAAUAAACAAAUAUAUAGAUUAUAUGUAUUUGUAUCAUUUGACCCUCAAGAUCUCAUAUUUUAAGUGAUAACAAAAAAUGCACAGCUGAAGGUUUUGCUCAUGUCCAGCUUCUUGGUGUUUGUGGAGCCUGUUUUCUCAAACGCUCUUUCCCUGGUCCUGCUCCCUGGUCUUUAAUUACCUCUCUCCUUUUUUUCUGCUUAUAAUUUCCCCUUUGAGCAGUUAAACUGGGAAACAUGCCAGCUGCAAUUCCCACAGCCAUAGCCUCAAUGAGGGCACAAAAAUCGGCUCCAGUGGUCUCCUAGCUGAAUUUGAAGCUCGGAGGUGAGUUAGGCCCCUGUGCCAAGUUCCUGUUUGAAUCAACACUCAUUAUUUGCGCGGAAGCAUGCGACUGGAGGCUUUCAACAACUCAGAGACCCAAGCGUGUUCUUCAGUCUUUAACAGCUUCCCUCAAAUACCCCAAACAUCUCCAAUUGUCCAACUACCUGGGAUGCCGAGGUGUUAACCCAUAAAUGAAAUACAGCUGUGCUAUAGGCCAUAACUGGUUCAGUCAUGACAUGACGCUUUAAUUUCUCCUCAAAGUAUUUUGAAAGCCUUGUAUCGAACCAUGCUUAUAUCGUGUUUUAUUUGACCAUGUUUCAUUAUGGGAUGCCGAAAGAAGUCAGGAUUCUAAGAAAAAAGCAGCAGCGCGACACAACCAAGGACAGACCAAGACAACCAAAAACGUGCUGCAAAUUCAUAAUUUCCAGCAUGUCAUUUCCAAACAGUGGGGACCUUGAAAUGUUUCACGAUGAACUGAAAUCCUUUGGGAUUCAAAGAGACUUGGUAAAAGGGGCCCAUGCCAAAACUGAAAUAAUGGUCAUUCGAAGCUUCAAUGUGUUACUCUUUUGACUUCUUGUAAAGUUGCGAGACUUCGGAGAACAGCCGCCAAAUUUACUGGAAUAUGUUGCUGAAUAUUGGGGGGGUGGGGGACAAACAAAAGGACAACACCUACAAAAAGAAAAAAAUAAAUGCCAUCAAAAGAAAUGGAACAUAUACAGUCAUCCUGACAAGUGAAAAAGAACCCAAACUCAGCAAAAUAGAUUUUCCUUUGUAUGAAGGCCAAGUGCUAUCACUUUCAAACUGUUACUUCUAACUGAAACAGUAAUUGGUUUAAAGCCACUGUGUAUGUAGAUAUGUUGACUUUGUAUUAAAGAAAUGUUGUCUGAAAA